AUGCGUCGAAUUCUCCUCACCUCUGGUCAGGUGUCUAUGCUGGCCACAGCCACUAUGAUCCUCCUUUGCACAAGUGCUCUGUUUCUGAGUGGCUAUGCGAUCCAGCAGCGUACCCUGCGAGACCUUCGAGCAGCUAUUCGGCCCCGUCACUCGCCGAAAGCGCAUCUGCCCGAAGAAUUCAGAGGCGCACUCGCGGACAUUGAAGAGAGCGAAUUGAUCGUUUUGGAAACCGAAGGUCAACGAUGGUCUAGAGAAGCUCGCGCAUUGGGAUCUCAGGGUCAGGCUCGGGUAUCGGAUGCAGAGAUUCAGGUCGAAGAGACAGUGGUAGAAUCUGAGCCCGAGACUGAGCCCAAGGCGGAGCAGAAAGAGGAGGAACAGAAAGAAGCUCCAGUUGCAGUGCCCAAUGGAGAACCUACAAAGAAGCAACUUGAGAUGCUGGAAAAGAUUCAACAGAGCGUGGCUGAUAAGUCGUGGGCGGUCGAGAACCCUGAUCCGCUGUCGAAGAACAAGGCUCCGAUAUCAGCAGCACAACGCAGAAAGAUGAUUAAGGAUGAGAUUUUGAGAUUAGCGCAGUCUGACAAGCCCGUCUACUAUCAGAGGCGGCUAUGGUAG